AGAUCAGAAAUGAGUGUGGUCGGUAGAAGUGUUUUUAAACAGCAGGCAAUCUUUAAAUUCGGAGAAAUAACAUCUCCUUAUUGCAUGAAAUGGCAGCCGCUUUCAUUUUUUCCAUCUUUCUCCAGGCUCUACUGUACGCUAUCUGCUCUGGAGAAACUUGUUCAGAUAACUGGUCAACGGAAACAACCAAGUAUACAAUUUUAAAAUUUAAAGAAGAUGCCUACCUACAUGUGAGCUGCAGAUACCCAAAUUUCAAAGUGGAUGGAAAUGUCAAAGUCAUUAAAUGUAAAAACGGGCAGUUACCAACAAUUAUACCGCAAUGCAUUCUGCUUAAAGAAAGUUGCCGUCAUCUGAAAGCCCCCACCUACGGUUCGAUGAAGUGCAGUUCCACAGCACCCGAGGUUGGAUCUUCGUGCACGUUCGAAUGCCAAAAUUCUCAUUAUCUGCGAGGAUCCAGCACCAGAACCUGCUCUGACUAUCUCCGGUGGACCGGAUCUGAAGCUCGUUGCUAUUUGAAACCAGAAUGCUCGGAGCCUCCACCACUGAUUCAAGGGACUGUGACAGGGUGUUCUCCUGAGAGGAAGCCCAGAUAUAAUGAUACUUGUCACUUCCGGUGCAACGAAGGUUACCAAUUGUCGGGCCCUACGCACCUCAUUUGUAGACGCGAUGGCAGACUGACAGACGAAAAAGGGCAUCAAAGAUUUCCGAGGUGUCUUAAGAAAUUGCCGGCGAAUCCUGGCCCAGCAGACAAAGACAUAUUGCCGGCGACUCCUGGCCCAUCUGAAAAAGAGAUAUUGCCGGUGAAUCCUGGCCCAGCUGUCAAUCUUGGAGGCGAAGAUUUUCAAAGCGCACCCCAUCCAGAUAUUCCAACCUAUGGGCCAUCUUGUCAAGUGCGUAAUGGGCAUUGUUCUCAUCAGUGCCACCAAGAACCAAAUGGUGUUCGAUGCUCCUGUAAUAGAGGGUAUGAGCUUUCUCAAGACGGCAGAACUUGCAUCGAUAUUGAUGAGUGCAGGGAUGUGGAUUUAAACAAUUGCGAUCAUAUCUGUCGGAAUAGACCCGGAGGUUACGACUGCUUGUGCAGGGAAGGGCACAUCUCUCCUGACGGGUUCAGAUGCACAGAUAUUGACGAGUGUUUGGACGACAAUUUGAAUAAAUGCGAACAUAUUUGUCAAAACACAAUAGAGGGCUAUAACUGCUCCUGCAGGGCGGGAUACGUUUCUACCAAUGGAUUCAGGUGUGAAGGCUGCCGAAUGAAUUCGUACCAAACUAAGUUCGACACCGUUUGUAGAGACUGUCCUGCCCAUUCCCACACAGAUGGCGAAGCAAAAACGUCAAUGAAUGAUUGUAUUUGCAAUCUAGGAUUCAAUGGAAAUCCCGGACAACGAAUUCCUUGUAAAGAUAUCGAUGAAUGCGCCGAUGGAAAGAAUUUCGGCUGCUCCCAUGGCUGUGUCAACACGCCUGGGAGCGCUCACUGCACGUGUCCUCUCGGGUACCAGCUCAAAGAUGAUGGAAAGACUUGCACUGACAUUGACGAAUGUAGUAUCAAAAACGGAGGUUGUGACGGCAUUUGCCACAACACGGUUGGCAAUUUCACUUGCUCUUGUCCGGAGGGAUAUGUAGACUCCCCAAAUGAUAGAUACAGCUGUGAUGACUUGGACGAGUGCAUGGAAGGAAAUGGGGGUUGCAGCGACAAGUGUGUCAACUUCAAGGGAGGAUUCCAUUGUUUCUGCUCCGAAGGAUACCAUCUCCAUCCCGACGGCAAAUCCUGCAUUCCCAUCAACUGCCCCAGACCGUCUGUUCCUCAACACUCCACCCUGAGGUGCAAGAAAAGUGCGACCAGUAGCAAGGUCAUCUUCCGCCCCAGGGAAAUGCCCGAAGACGAGGAGUUUCCGGUGGGAGCCAUCUGCAGGGUGAAAUGCAACAAAGGAUAUGACUUACGAGAUACCCACAGCGAAAUUGUCUGCCAAAAUAAUGGGAAAUGGAAUGCAGUGUUAUCCGAAUGCCAAGUCUUAAAGUGUCCUCCUCUUUCCCCUCCAUCGAACGGGGACGUGUACCCCCCUUCCUGCAAAAAAGAUUAUUCGGCCGUGAAGCAGAAAUGUGUCUUCACCUGCCUUCCUGGAUACCGGAUCACGGGCCAAGAGGUGCUGACCUGCCGAAACAACCUCACUUGGUCGAAGAAGAAACCAACACGGUGCGUUCCAGAAACGGAGGUAUCAAUUUCCUGUCCCGAUGAUGACAUAACUAUUGAGCUGACUUCUGACGAAAGCUGGGCAGAGAUUCGGUUAAACAGUCCACGGACCACACAGGCGGCAGGACCCAUUCGCAUCUCUCCUCCCUGGGUGUCCCUGGACCAGGUCUCACCUUUUCCAGCUGGAGAAACGGAGGUCACUUUCUCAGUCAGCGGCGACAACAAGACAGCUGAGUGCUCUAUUUCUGUCAUCGUUCUAGACACACAUCCACCAAUCUUUCACAAUUGCCCGAACAAUCUGUUCGUGACGUCCAGUGUCUCCGGAACUGCUGUGGAUUGGGAGGAACCUGUUGCAGAAGACAAUGUCGGAGUUGCAUCAGUAUCCAAGAGUUUGGAACCAAAUUCAACUCUGAGUCCCGGAAUUCAUUUUGUAGAAUACAUCGCUCGAGAUUUCGCCGGGAACAUCGGCCAAUGCAUCUUUUACAUUAAUGUAACGUCUGGUGUUUGUAAAGACUUGGCAGACCCAGAGAAUGGAGAAGCCAAUUGUCAGGAGUGGAUGUUCGGCAAGAUUUGCCAACCCACCUGUUUCGAUAACUACACGCGAGAUCCUGAAUUGUUCGCUUGUGACGAAUCGGGGACAUGGACGCCGGCAGAUUUCAUAACGCCAUGUUUAGCUGAAUGUUCUGCAGACGAAAUCCGGGAUCCAGAACACAACGAAUGCGUAAAGAUAUUCUAGCAGUUAUUGUAUCCACAUUCAAGAAAAACUAUGACUGUUGAACUACGUCUGAGGAUUUACUUGUAUAAAACAUGUGUUUUUAUCAUGUUUUUUUUAUGAAAAAAACGACAUAA